GUUUCCGGCCCCUGUUCACAUUUGGCUUUUGGCACGACAGCCACGUGCACGAAUGUGAAAAGUUGAAAUUACAAGUUGAAGAAAAGACUGAAGAGAAGAGCAGUAAAGUCGAAUAAAAGAAAAACAAUGAAAACUUUGAGAUCUACUUCGGAACGUACAAAAAGAUUAACGCGCAAGAAGGGCAGUAUACAAAGGAAUAAAAAAAUUGUUUUAAGUACAAAUGAAUUGAAAAAUAAAAAAGUAGGAAAUAAUAGUGAAGAAAAUACAGAUUCUUUGAAUUUGGAUGAUUUAUCCAGAGAACACAUAUUACAAUGUAUCAGUGCUAUUUUUCAUUUAACUGAAGAACAAUUAAAAAAUAAAAAUGCAUUAUUCGAUGGAGAGAGUAAUCCAAUAUUUAUGCAAGUAACAUGCAUCAAAGUACCAAAAACACCAAAAAGAUGCGUGAGGAUAUUGUUGCCACAUUCAAUAAUAUCAUCAAACGAUGAAGUUGCACUUUUUGUCAGUGAUUUUGAAAAAGGCAGAAGAAAAGAUUAUGAACCAACAAUAGAAUAUUACGAAGAUCUGUUACGUAAACAUGGUUGUACCAGUGUAAAGAGUAUAAUACCAAUGAAUCAAGUAAAGACAGAAUAUGAUCAGUAUGAACUAAAAAGGAAACUUGUCAACAGCUAUGAUUACUUUUUGGUAGAUGGAAAAAUAGCAGGUCAUUUGUCUCAUUUAUUAGGGAAAGAAUUUUAUAAGAAAAGAAAACUGCCAACAUCUAUUAGGAUGCAAAGUAAAGAUUUAAAACAUGAAAUAGAAUAUGCUUUGAGAAAGACUAUUAUGCAAAUACAUUCUCUUGGAGAUACUCAUAUAGUCCAAAUUGGACACACUGCGAUGAAAAUAGAAGAAAUUUUAGAAAACAUACUUGCAGCAUGUACUUAUUUGUCUAAACAUUAUCCAGGUGGUUGGAACAAUAUACGUUCCAUUCGUAUUAAAACGGCUAAUAGCCUUGCUCUUCCUAUUUACACAACAUUGAAAAACAAAAGUGCUGUUGAAGUACCAACGGAGGAACCUAAGAGACCAAAAGCAUACCGCGAUGUGUCAGGUGAAUUGUCUACUACAGCUCGUAAUGUUGUUGUGACUGUUACUCCAGAAGGAAGUAUUACUGUUCAGAACAGAAGAAAAAUGACAAAGAGACUGAGAAACCCUAACAAAUAAAACAUCUUAAUAUUUUUUUUUGUAUCAUUUUAUUAAAAAGCAAUAAACAAAAUUGAAGUUA